UCUUAUAUAUCUACUUAGUUGUAACUUUUAAUUAAAUACUAAAUUGUUAUUUUUGUCUACAGUUUUAUCCACAAAUAUGAAUCGUAUUUGUUUAGUAGCUUUGAUAGGACUACCAGCUGUUGGUAAGACCACACUUUGUCAUCAUCUAACGGAAAUGGAAUCAUUGCCAUUUAAUGUUCUACAUUUAUGCUAUGAUUGUUAUGUUAACUUUAAUCUGGAAAAUCCCACACAAUACAAAGAACAACGUGAACAACUUUUACAGACCUUAUCAACAAUUAUAAACAAUUUUAAAAACUCCCAUAACUUAACCACGGAAUUGAUUACUCUAAGCGAUUUUUAUAGGAAUCAUCAACAUAAAGAUGUUGUUAUACUAUGUGAUGAUAAUCAUUACUAUCGCAGCAUGCGUUAUAAAUUAUAUCAAUUAGCCCGUGAACAAAAUAUAGGUUUUUGUCAAAUAUAUUUGGAAACUAGUCUAGAUUUAGCUUUGGAACGUAAUAGUUUACGUAGUGGAAUAGGUAAAGUUCCCAAUAAUGUUAUAGUUGAAAUGUCUAAACGUUUGGAAGUUCCUAAUGCCUCUGUAUACAAAUGGGAAGAGAAUACAUUUAUUCUUAGAAAUUUUGAUAGAAAUAAUAUUAGUCAGGAUAUUGUAGCUUAUGUUACACAGUUUCUUGAUGUGCCUGUACAGCCUUUACAAUUAUCAGUUCCCAAAACGCAGACCCCACAAUCAGUGGUCCAUGAAUUGGAUUUACUGAUGAGAAAACGUAUAAGUACAUUAAUUUAUUCCGAAGUGGAGAAAAAUAAGAAAACUUUCGCUAAAAAACUGAAUGAUUUAAGAAAAGAAAUUCUUAAACAAUUUCAGUUAGAUUUGAAUGAUAAUUUUGAAAAAGUAGAUUUAAAUAAAUAUGUGGAAAGGUUAAAGUAAUCUAUCAAUAAAGUUAUAUUUGCUACAUACUGAAACGUUACUCUGUU